AUCAAAGCGCUUCAUAAUCUUCCUAUCAGCAGGAAUCCUCUAAGGAGCCUUCGGCAGCAUAGUCUCGGGAGCAAUACCCUCAAACCUAGACGGAACACACAACUACAUUGGACGGUCCCCGACUACCCACACUGCAGCCGCGGUCUAUCACCAGAAGAACAGAAACUAACACAGCAACGACUAAUCGAAGAUGGGGUUGCCGAUCAACGAAGAACAGGCGAUGAUGCUGAUACACAGGUCGCCUCCAUCUUCACGGCACUGUUGAAAGCCCUCUCAGACUGGCGAAGCUGGAUCCUCGCCCCAGCGCAUAUGACCAUCCUUGGCGCAUUACCGAUUUCAUACUUCUACCCCAUUCUCAUUAAUGGCACGGAGUAUACAUCCACGAUGGCGCAAUACAUGAUCGCGCCGUAA